UGUCACAUUACGACAACAAUUAAAAAAUGUCGGAAUCGUGUCAAGACGGUAAUUGUCAUGGAAAUUAUGAAUAUGGACCAGAUGAAUCGCCUACAAAACUUAUCGUCAAUUAUAUACCCGAAGUCAUGACCCAGGAUAUGAUGUUUUCACUGUUUUCGACAAUGGGUAAAUUAGAAAGUUGUAAAUUGAUAGCCAACCGAGGGUAUGGUUUCGUCGAGUACGCCCGUUCAGAGGAUGCAGUGAAGGCACGGAAGGCAUUUAAUGGUUUGUUAAUGCAAAAUAAAACAUUAAAAGUGUCACACGCUUUGCUUAAUCCAGAAAUGAAACCGCCGUCCAAGCCGGAAGCUGACUGGAACUUAUACGUGUGCAACCUGCCAAAUGAACUAACCUUACAAGACUUACAUGGACUUUUCGCACAAUUUGGUAAAAUAGUCAAUUCACGUAUAGCUUCAGGAAUAGCAUUUGUAUUAUAUGAGCAUCAAUAUGAAGCAGAGAGAGCUAUUCAGAAAGUAAAUGGAACUACUCCUCCUGGGUUUUUGCAUCCUCUUACUGUUAAGUAUGCCAAUAAAAGUAAUCCACAUAAGCAUAAAAACAAUAUUAAUAAUUUUUCUAAGAAUCCUCUUACAAAGCCUUAUCAUUGGAUGAAUAAUAUGGGUGCUAUUGGUGACCAUAAUUCCUCAAGUACAUGGUCUAUAUAUAUUUAUAAUAUUGCUCCCGAGGUAGAAGAAUUAACUUUGUGGCAGCUUUUUGGGCCAUAUGGUGCUAUUGUCUCUGUUAAGAUUAUUAAGGACCAUCAAACAAAUAAAAGUAAAGGAUUUGGUUUUGUUACUAUGAGAAACUAUGACCAGGCCGCAAUGGCAAUACGGGCACUGAAUGGAUAUGCCCUUCAAGGACAGCCUUUGUCUGUUAGUUUUAAAAUACAGAAGAGAUAAUGUGGUAUGAACUUCUCAAUACUUUACAAUAUCAGUUCAUGAACGGUUAGACAAUUUGACAUUAUUGAGAUAGAUUGGCAAGUAAUUAUGAACGAAACAUGAAUAUUAGUCAUACAAAUGUAUCAUGAAUCUAAGUUACAAAGGGUAUGCAAGGCAUGGUGUGAGAGUUUAAAACUAUUCUCAGGUCAAAUAUAUUUAUUAACAUAACGCCAAUUCCACAAGAAUGUGAUCAAUACAUAUAGAUUACACAUUAAUACCUGCUGUGAUAUUCAAAUGUAACUUAUAUUUUUGGUAUUAAUCGCUAUUUACGGAUUUUACUAUAUGUAUUCCAUUGUGAGUAUUUCUACGUUCAGCCUCUUGUCGAUUGUUACUAUAUUAUAUUACUUUGAGCUAUCAAUAUUGUUAAGUUUGUUUCUUAUUAUGGGAUAAUAAUUUAUUCAUUUUGCUCGUUAAGUGUUUCAAGUUUACUAAAGUUAUAAGAUUGUAUUGAAAAUGAUUGUUAUUUGGGAGGCAACAUCAGUUGUGAGCAAUUAUUAUGUGCUUUGAUUAUUAUUAUUAUUUCAUUAUCUAUUAAUUAUUAUCUAAGAAUAACAAACAAUAUAAGAAAGUGCUUUAUAAGAUAUAAUGUAACUAAUUUAGGCCACUGUGAGAUGUUUAAUCAGCUACUAGGAUAGUUCUACACUUUUUAUAACAUGAUGACUAUUUAGGUAGUAAAACAAAGUCUAGAUUAUAUAUCAUAUUUAUACAUUUAGUAUAAAACUUGCUGAAUUAAAGGUCAUUUUCACAUUUUUGAAUGAUAUUUUUCAUUUAUAAAUACAUUGGUAUAUCAUAUAUAAUAAUUAUUUAAUGCAUAUCUUAUGAAUUCACUAAGGAGUUAAGUGAUUUGUUUUUGAAUUGUAAUAUUUUGAUAAAUUAUGAUUUUGUUAAUUUUUAAUUUAUUUAAUGCAAUUAUAAAGAUACAUAUACAAAUGA